AAAGUGUAUCUGUUUCUUUACCUUCCAACCCCGAGUUCAGCAACUUCCACGAUAGAUAAUGAAUAGGUUAGAAAUAUAAAAUAGCCUUGAUAUUUUUUUUAACAUAACAGGGACGUUUCUUAUUAUGUUUUUUUUGCCGCACAUGAUAACCCGUCAGACGGCGUGCCUGCUGCUCCAUGCGACAUUUAUCGAUUGCCCGUGUCGACCGCUGAGGAGCCUGCGAUAGCAAAAAAAGGCUAUCAGUAGGGGGAACACGGUAGAUUCGCCGUCCGAGGCACCGCUCCGAAUCACGCCCGCUUCAAAGUCAUUCCACGCCUCAGGUAAAGGCACGAUGCAAACGCGGGUGAACAUCGAUGAACCACGUUGGGACCAGAGCACCUACUGGGGCCGGGCGCGGCACUUCUUCACCGUCACCAACCCGGCGAACCUCCUGUGCACGAACCACGAGCUGAACGAUGCACGCGACAUCGUCGUCCGCUACCGCAAAGGUGAGACCAUCCCGGGUCUCACCGAAGACAGACUGUGGCGCGCCAAGCACGUCUACGACUCGGCCUUCCAUCCGGACACGGGCGAGAAGGUGACGCUCAUCGGCCGCAUGUCCGCCCAGGUGCCCAUGAACAUGUCCAUCACCGGCUGCAUGCUCACCUUCUACAAGACCACGCCGCAGGUCGUCUUCUGGCAGUGGAUCAACCAGUCGUUCAACGCGGUUGUCAACUACUCGAACCGCAGCGGUGAUACUCCGAUACCCGUUUCCACGCUGGGCCUUUCCUACGUGCUUGCCACCGGAGGUGCCUUGGCCACCGCCCUGGGGCUCAACAGUCUGGUGAAGUCGGCACCUCCUCUGGUAGGGCGCUUCGUGCCUUUCUGCGCCGUCGCGGCUGCCAACUGCGUCAACAUCCCGAUGAUGAGGCAGCGGGAACUUAUGCACGGCAUCCCCGUCGUUGACGAGAACGGCAACAAAAUCGGCGAGUCCAAGACGGCCGCCCGGUGGGCCAUCAGCAUGGUCCUGCUGUCUCGGAUUGGCAUGGCCGCACCUGGUAUGGUCUUCCCGCCGCUCGUCAUGAACCAGCUUGAGAAGAGGGGUGUGCUCAAGAGGUACCCCUGGGUUGGGGCCCCCUUGCAAGUGGGUCUCUGCGGUCUUCUGCUCGCGUUCGCCACCCCCAUGUGCUGCGCCGUCUUUCCGCAGAAAAGCCACAUCUUGGUGAGCAGCCUCGAACCGGAGAUUCAGGAGGUGGUUCGCAAGAUGCCCAACCCUCCGACGAAGCUUUACUACAACAAGGGGCUUUAAUUAUCAAUCUAGGCACAUACCGUCCGUGGGAACACUACACAUUUUUAUGGACACCAAUGUACGAUGUUGCACCCCGAAGCGAUAUUGCUGUAUCGCGGGUGCGCGGACCUGAAAUGAUUGAAGCUAUUUUAUAUCAGGUUGCCGCCGAGAGGAUAGAUGUUACUACCUGCGCCGCCGCUGCCACACUCUUGUUCCUGGGGAAGGCACUUUGUACAAGCGGUUUCCUUCCCCCCUGUCUGAUGUCCCUUGUGUGACCUCUCCUCCGUGGUUGCAGUGUGCAGCUUGUAUAAUAAAAUAGAAAGUUGUAAUAAUUUCA